CUAUAAAGGUAGUUGCCGUGCGCAGAUUUUGCUGCAUCGGUUGCGUAUUUUAAAUUACUGCAGAAUUAAUUGACGCAUUGAUCGAUUAUUUUUGAGCUCUUAUUCGUUCACCGGCGAAUAUUCCAGUCUUGCACCAUGCAUUUUCAGUUACACAGCACUGACAAAUGGCGAAACCUCCCGAAAGUGGAAUUACACUGCCACUUUGAAGGAUGCAUUCCCUAUGAAAUCAUUAUCGACGAGCACCACCGCCAGGGCAUUCCGCUACCGGGAUCGACUGAUGCCGAGUGCAGAAAAGCCUUUGUUCUCGAGAAGCCGGCCAAAAAUCUGGAGGAUGCUAUUGCCACACUGGAGCGUGGCGCGAUCAUAUUCGGGGAAGCGCGUGCCAUCACCCGUGCUGCCAGCGAAAUCGUUCUCCGAAAAGCCCUGGAAAAUGUUAAGCUACUGGAGCUGCGAUAUUGCCCACCGUUUAUGGAGCGGAAAUGUAGAGGCAAGAUAUCCAUGGAAGACGCGCUAGGGGCUGUACAAAAAGGCAUCGCCUCCGGUAUCAGCAAAGCUAGGGAACAGGGAAAGGAAAUCCAUGUCUACCUUAUCGCAUCGGGACUGGCUGUGCUGGGAAGCGACUCACUGCAGAAGGUGGUGGAUUUCGUAAUCAAGCACCGGCAGGACUUUGUGGCUUUCGAUUUGUGUGGACCGGAAGAGGAUCUUAGUCGGUAUGAUACGUUCUUGAACCAAAUCUACGACGCCGGUAUGGAUAUCACCAUCCACGCAGCUGAAAGCAGCGAGCCGAUGAAUGCCCAGAUUGCUGUGGAGAAACUGCAUGCAAAGCGGAUUGGUCAUGGCAUUAAGGUCGUGUAUAACGCGGCGGUGUUUGAGUACCUGCGACAACAUAUGAUCCACCUUGAAAUCAGUCCCAUCAGUAACUUAUGCACCGGUGAAGUGAAGGUUGCCAGCGAGCAUCCCGUCACAAAGUUCAAUAGCAGCGGAUUCAGUCUCUCAAUCAACAGCGACGAUCCGGCAUGUUUUGGGACUUGUCUUUCUGACGAUUACGCUUUACUGCAUGAAAACUGUGGAUUCGGUGCAUCGGAUUUUUUCCGGAUUAAUCGUUCAGCGCUGAAAGCUUCCUUCGCACCAGAGGACGUCAAAAGCACGCUUUGCAAAACAUAUUUUUCGGAGGAGAAAGAGAAAGAAUGGGUUCUUAAUACUGAUCGCUGAUUGGCAUCGGGAAGAAACCUGCACUACAUUGUUGACAAUGAAAGCAUGUACAAAACUUUCUCAAUUUAUUUCUAAUGGGCGAAACCUGCGAUACCUUCUUUCGGAUGGUAAAUUUUCCGGCUGAAGAUACAUCUGUUCAUUCUGUUGGACGGAAAUAUAAAAAUUGUUUGAGAAGCCGUAGCGCAACACUAACGCUUUUGAUAUGUCCAGAUUGGAACUUACGGCGCUGCUGCAGUUUCAGCUUGUCCAGAGCGGGAAACUAAGCGAUCCCAAACAGAAUACCGUACUUGGCUGGAACUGCUGCACAUGUCAGUAGAUACAAAUUGUGCUGGUCCAGUCGCCCUAUGGAUUUCUUUGUUUUUUUACAAUUGAGCGACACCUUCCGAGGCACUGCAAAGGGUUUUCUGGCAAAAACGUUUAGUUUUUUUAACGUUAUUAUCAUUUCCACAACAUCUACCGUUGCUUAAUGUGCAGUGCUCUGGAUUUUGUUUUGCUGCAUAUUUUAAUGCGUCAUUGGCUGUUCUGAAAACU